CCCGCUAGCCAGCGCCGCCGCCGCCUCCUCUUCUCCCUCCUGCCGCCGCGGAUCCAUCCCGAGGCCAGUGCGGGAGGGGGGGAGGAUGCUCCCCGGGCGGCCGCCGCAGGAGCAGCCACAGGCGGAGCGCCAGACGAUUCCGGGCAGGGAAAGGAACUACGCGCCGGUGCCGCACUGACUGGGAGCUGCGGGGAGGGGAUGCGCCGCCCUCACCGACGGCUGCGGCAGGGACCAGAUAAAUGGCUCAUUUAAAUUGGGAGCUGCUACUAAAAUAUUCUCUGGCUGGCAAAUGCAGUGCCUAGCAGCUGCCAUAAAGGACGAACCAAACAUGAGCGGGGGAGGGGAACAGGUCGACAUUCUGCCGGCCAACUACGUGGUGAAGGACCGUUGGAAAGUGCUGAAGAAGAUUGGUGGUGGCGGCUUUGGGGAGAUUUAUGAGGCAAUGGAUCUCUUGACCCGUGAGAAUGUGGCCUUGAAAGUGGAGUCAGCUCAGCAGCCGAAGCAAGUCCUUAAGAUGGAGGUAGCUGUACUAAAAAAGCUACAAGGGAAAGAUCAUGUAUGCCGAUUUAUAGGCUGUGGAAGGAAUGAAAAGUUUAACUACGUUGUUAUGCAGCUUCAGGGCCGGAAUCUAGCAGACCUCAGAAGAAGCCAGCCGCGGGGAACCUUUACACUGAGCACAACCCUUCGAUUAGGCAAGCAGAUUCUAGAAUCCAUAGAAGCCAUUCACUCAGUGGGAUUCCUGCAUCGGGACAUCAAGCCUUCCAACUUUGCUAUGGGACGCCUGCCCUCGACCUAUAGGAAAUGCUAUAUGUUAGACUUCGGUCUGGCUCGGCAGUAUACCAAUACCAACGGUGAAGUUCGGCCUCCUCGUAAUGUUGCUGGUUUCCGGGGAACAGUGCGGUAUGCUUCUGUGAAUGCGCACAAAAACAGAGAGAUGGGUCGACACGAUGACCUGUGGUCCCUUUUUUACAUGUUGGUGGAGUUUGCGGUUGGGCAGCUUCCAUGGCGCAAGAUCAAAGAUAAGGAGCAAGUUGGAAUGAUUAAAGAGAAAUACGAACAUCGAAUGCUGCUGAAACAUAUGCCUUCUGAAUUCCAUCUCUUCCUGGAUCACAUUGCCAAUCUGGAUUAUUUCACUAAACCAGAUUAUCAGCUCAUUAUGACUGUGUUUGAAAACAGCAUGAAGGAAAGAGGGAUUACUGAGAAUGAAGCUUUUGACUGGGAAAAAGCUGGGACUGAUAUUUUACUGUCUACAAGUACCUCCACGCCACCUCAGCAGAAUACAAGGCAGACCGCAGCAAUGUUUGGUGUUGUUAACGUCACUCCAGUUCCUGGAGAUUUACUUCGUGAGAACACAGAGGAUGUUUUGCAAGGAGAGCACUUGAGUGACCAGGAGAAUGCUCCUCCAAUCUUGCCUGGCCGGCUAUCAGAGACCCUAGGCCAAGCUCCAAACAUUGCCUUCAAUGAAGGGGAGGUUUGGGAAGAGACAGAUGUGAACCGCAACAAACUCAGGAUCAGCAUCAGCAAAACACAAUGUUUGGCGGACGAAGAUCAGAAAAGCGGUGUGUGCCCCAGCUCCCCUGUCAGAGCCCCACCAGACUCCCCCACCACUCAAGGACGCUCCCUGAGAUAUCGUCGAGUGAACAGCCCUGAGUCAGAACGCCUCUCAACUGCCGAUGGCAAAGCGGAUCAGUACGAACGGAGAUCUCGAGUGGAUUUGCCUGGCUCUCCUUCUCGGCUCGUGUGUUCUUCCCAGCCAGCACAGAUGCUGUCCAUUGAUACUGGUCAGGUAGACAGGCAGGCAAGUGGAAGAAUGGAUGUGUCUGCUUCUGUGGAGCAUGAAGCGCUUAGCAACGCUUUCCGAUCGGUGCCUCUGGCUGAGGAGGAGGACUUUGACAGCAAAGAGUGGGUUAUAAUUGAUAAAGAAACAGAGCUGAAGGACUUCCACCCAGGUGCUGAACCAAGCACAUCUGGAACAACAGAUGAAGAGCCUGAGGAACUGAGGCCCAUUGAAGAGGGCGAGGAGAGGAGGCGUUUGGGACCAGAACUGGCAGUCAGGCCAAAAAUACACGAUGGGAGAAUCCGCGGUAUGCAGCCUGUGGCUGAGGAGGACAGUUCCCACAGACAUGAAGGGCAUUGUCAGGGUGUAUCUGACAGCAAACAUGAACAUCCACCAGGAAGCCCUGCACAGUCCCCCUUACAUUCAGCACCAGCUAUCCGACAGCGGAGACGUGAAUCCGAGCCUACUGGUCCUGAGAGACAGGUAUUCACACUGAAGCCUUUUGAGAUGAAUGGUCUCCCUAAGGUGGUGCCUUUAAGUUUGCCUUAUCAAGACUUCAAAAGGGAUGUUUCAGAGAACAGGGAAAGAUCUAGAAUCCUCCAACGCAUAAAAAAGGUGGAUUUCUCAAAUGUUAUCUUAACUGCUCCUUAUAAACCACCUGUAGCCCAUCUAGAAUCAAAUGGGAGAUAUGAGGAGGAGGAGGAAGAGGAGGAAGAAGAGGAAGAAGAAGAGGAGGAAGAUGUUGGUGAGUUAGGAGAAGAGCUUGACAUGCAUAGUGAUUCGAGCAGUGAUGUGAGCCAGAAAAGUACUGAGCGCAGCCAGGAAGGUGCGCCAUCUACCCUCUUGGCUGAUGACCAAAAAGAAUCAAAGGGCCGAGCUUCAGCUGCAGAAGGUGACCUGGAACUUGAGGAAGGCUCCAAAACAUUAGUUCUCUUUUCACCAGGUGACAUGAAGAAGUCCCCUGUGAACACAGACUUGGCUCCUGAUGUCGACCUUGGAACUCUUGCUGCAUUGACACCUCAGAGUGAGAGACCACAGCCUAUGGGAAGUCAGCUUGAUGUAUCAGAGCCAGGAACCCUUUCCUCCAUCCUUAAGUCAGAACCAAAGCCUCCCAUUGCAGCCGCCACAACUUCCUCCCCUUUUACCAAAGUUGAGCGCACAUUUGUUCAUAUUGCAGAAAAGACCCAUUUAAACAUUAUGUCUUCCAGUGGUCAGCUGAUGAGGCAUGAAGAGUACUGUCUUUCAGGACAGUUUGAAGAGAUAAUAGUUGAGGAACAGUUGGAGGAAAAUCAGAUCUUGGCAGAAAAUGGGAGUAUGAAUUCAGGCCUGGAAGGGGGAGAAAUGGAAAGCUGUGCUUUCUCAGUGAAUCACAUUGAAACCUCCUCUGAAAUUAUGGGAGAACAGGCAUUACUUCUCAAUGGUGUUACUAAAGUGGAAGAGGAUGAGGAUGAGCUGGAACUUAAAGGCAAAGUUUCCCUUGAUAUGGAAGAAGCUGACAAAUUGAUUUCAGAAGAGUCUGGCUUGGAAAGGAAAAUUCAUGCAACAGAAUACCUUAAACAAACUGAAAUUCUCCCAGAUGCUUCAAAGGAAAGUUUGAGAAAGUCCCUGAAUAUUAGGUACAGAAGCAGAAUUCCCAUCUUGCUCUCAGAAGAGGACACUGGUUCAGACCUUUCAGCAUCACAUUCAGGCAAAGAGAGGCUGUACAAGAGAUUGAAACAGCAGGAUUUGGUGCGCCUGGUGAUGGAGAAAAGGCAAAACCGCCUGCUCAGGUUGGCUUCAGGAGCUUCGUCUUCUGCUUCCUCCAGUGAUGAGAGACGACGAACUUCAGAAACCCUUUCAGCCACUGGUUCUGAGGAGGACACUCAUGACUCAGAUGAUUCUGUUCCAAGGAAAAUUGGCAGUCAGGAGAAAUUUCCCCUGGCCAAGAGGGAAGAGAGAAGUUUAAGUAUGAAGAGUAGAAUCCCUCGUCCCAUCAUGCCUGUCAAGCCACCUGUGAUAGAACUGAAAUAUGGGAGUCCCUCAGUUCAUCCUCUGUCAGCACUAAGUAGCAGUCCGGGAGACAUAGCUUUGGCAAACAGGCUUCAGGGGAAAAGACCCUCUGGGAAUGUAUCUGUUGACUUGCGAAUGAAACCAGCAUGUCCUUCUGUGCCUCCCCAGCGGAGUAGUCUGAGGAAAGUCACCUGUGCUCUACCUAGGAGCCCUGUUCUCCCUCCAAGAAACCUUAGUGCUUCCCCCAAAGGCCAGUCCUUGUCCAGAAAGGAAAGCCCAUCACCAUCCCGUCAACACAGGCCAGGGACUACCCUUCCACGGGUCCAACCUCCUUCCACAGCUCCAUCCAGAGCUCAGGCAGGGCUGCUGGGGGACACUCCUGUGUCACCAGGCAUGAUCAGAAAGGGACAAAGAGGGAAAGUUCAGACUCCAGCAACCAAAGGAAGACAGGUAUCCCAAGAAGGGAAAGCUACUGCUAGAUAAUGACCUGCUGCUGUCAACCAUUUUGAUCUACCAACCUACCAUCUUGCCAGGCUGGAGAAACCUCUGCAUAUAAUAUUCACUCAAGAUGCCGUAGCACAGCCUUACAUGUCGGAAAUACAAGCAGCUAGCUGUUCUUCAGUGCUUCACUUGCCCACACACCCACGUUGUCUCAAUCCAGCUCCUGCCUGGCUGAGACUUUUGUGGUCAGCUCAUGCUUGCUUGCCUUUGCCAACCACCAAGCAAUGAUGCAGGCACCCUGCCGAGUGCCUGGUCCUCCUUUCUCUCACGCUGUGUUUUCAUUUUCUCAGUUAGCAAUACCACAGUCUCCUCAUGAGAAACCUGACCAGAUUGGUAGGGGAGAUGGCUUUUUAUAAAGCACUGGCCAAAAGCAGUGGAGAAAUUAAAGGGCUGCAUCUACAUGGAAGAGGAGUCUUGGGGGUGAACUUCUACAUGGUCUGGAUGACCCAGUUCCCCAUCCCUUUCCCGCUCCUUGGCCCUUCUUAAGUAUGACUCUGACAUUUGCUGCCUAUCUACCCAUCUGUUGUAUUUUUUAUCCUGACUCCAACCAAACUCAGUGAUUGUCCCAGCUCCAAUAUUAAGCAAGGAGAAUGUGUGACUGAAAUUGUUGCCUGUGAGCAGAGGAGCUGCAUUCUUUUGAACUGAUAUCUGGAAUAGCUUUUCUUAGCCAGCAGGCCCAAUGAGUGUGUCACGAGAGAGAGGAGGCUGUUAGGGAAAGAGGUUCUUUUCCUGCAAGUAAACAGCUACUAUAAUAUGUGCUGAAUAUAUGCUGAGGUGGAAUCUGUUCAGCCGUCUAUCAACCAUUCACUAGGCAGCAGUGAAAGUCUUCUAGAGAGUUCUUCUUAUUAGCAGGUGCAGACAAAAUUACCUCUAAGCCCCCAGAUAUGAUCUGUGGAGAAUAUGGUUCCAGCAUGCAGGGUUGCCUCUGAAUCCAAGUGCAAGGCUCGAGGAAUUAGAUACUGCUGCUGUCCUACAUGUCUUGCUCUCUGCCAGCAGUGGUGCUCAACUGAGCAUGUGUGUGGCCACUGGGCUUCCCAUGUCCAAUUGCUUUGUGAUUGUGGCCUCUGCUUGCUUGGCACAAACAGCAAUGAGACUCUCAUUGGCUGCCAGUUGGGGGGUGAUUGUUUUCUGGUACGCGUUGGAGCAGCUGAUUUGCAGAUUGGCCCUUGCUAGUACCUAGUGAGGAAGCUGCUGCAUCUGGCUGGGAAGACUAGCUCCAUAUGUCCUCUUCCCAUGCCUGAGAAGCAGAGGGAGUGAACGUGCUGGUAGGGCUAGGCAAGGGCAAUUGUGCAAAGCUGCAUCUAAGGGCGCAGGUUGUUUUAGCACAGUGGCCGACAUUAAGAAGCUAGCAAUUGCAGCAGUACUGAAAAGCUUAAAAUCAGGAAGAAAGCCGAUGUGCUAACAUCUGCAUGAAUCUACAGCCAGCCACUGAAAUGGGAGACCUGAGCAGACACAUUCAUAGGGUGUUCGCUCAUUCUGGCCAUUUUUUUCCUCCACAAGCCUCAGGAGAGGAUAUAUAAAGAGUGAUGGGAGCUUGAUUAAUUUAUGCAGGUAUGCUCUGAGUGUUGAACUAAGUCCUGGCAGCUGGCGUCAGCUGUUUAUUUGGCAGAUAGACAGGACUGCUGGUGCUACGUUUGCUUCUUUAGGAGGAGACGCUGGUCAUUCCUUUGGAUUUCAGGACCCAAUUAGAGGAGCAAAUCUCUGGUUGCUAUUUGCUUAAGGUGCUUAAGAUCAAAUCCAUAUCAUUAGACUUUUGGUGGGUGUCUUCAUACUGUAUGGGUAACCACCCCAAUACCCCCAGCAGGCUUUCCGGCAGCUCAGGGAGGCAGACAAACCAACCCUGCCACUAGAAAGCCCUCCAUAGGCAUAAAUCCAAGCUUCGGGCUGCGGUGUAACUAGCUGCAAAGCCGAGGUGGAAGCUGAGUAACGUUGGCUCCAUCCAAGGCCUUGGGAAAACCUCCAGCAUGCCACUGCUGCACUGACAGGGCUGGUAGCGGCAGGAAGCACUGACAAGGCACCAAGUGCCAUGUCCAGGUGUCCCUGUCUGUGUGUUUUUCCCUCCAUCGGGGUAAUCCGCCAACAUGGGCUUAUGACGCCUCCGCAGGACGAUUCAGCCUUUCCCUCUGGAUUGGGUUAUAAAAGUUAAUUUGUUCAGCAGAGGGAAACUAAUAGUAAGUUUCAACUACUAAAUUUAAAGAUUAAUCUUACUGUCGUGCUUUCUUUUCAAGAAACCAUGGGAAUUGUAGUCCUGUGAGAGGGCUGCUUACAUAGGAUUACUGGAAAGGGGAGGGAACCAAAAUGAUCAAACCUGUUUAAAGCUUGUAUUCCAGAUGUGUGUUUGCAUGCAGGCAGAAACACUUGAUGGUGUUUGUGCAACUGGAUCUCCAGCAUGUUUUUUAAUAGAGUUGUUUCAAUGGGGUUUUGAGAGUGAACUCUUCACAUGCUCACAGUAUUCCCCCCUCCCUUCAUCUGUUUUUACUGUGUUUGAACCUCAGACUUCCACAUUUUGGGGUUCCAAAAAUCGCUCUGUACUAUGCAUGAGAUUAUCUUGGGUUUUUUCCCCAGGCUGUGGUGAGCCCCCAAAUCCAUAGCUGGGAGACCUUUCCAUGGUCCACAUCUUUCACAAUGUUCAAGUUUCAUUUUCUUUUUAACCCUGGUGAAAAACAACAGCUUUUAUUUCAAACUGCCACUUCCUGUGAAAAUGACUUCUCUUCUAACACUCACAAAUUUCUAUAAGAACUGUUUAAUGUUGAAUUUUAAUUGCCAUUUUGGUAGGACAGACAGAUGUAAUGAAAUGGCAGCUCACCCUAUCCCUUGGAACACAUUCCAAAUAUGACCGGAAGUCACAAGUUGCAAGGCCAACGUGCGUCAGACUUACUAAAGAAACCCGUUCAUUCUGAACAUUGCUAGAGGCAGCUCAAGGUUUGUUUUUUGCUGCUCUCCCCAUUCCUUUACUAUUGCUACUAACCCAACUCAGGGACUGAAGAGAUAACCUUCCUUACUUUGCUGCUGCUCCUGUCUCUUUAAAAAAAGUUGCACCUGCCCUAAAAAAAAGGCUUUUUGAAGUCUCCUGAGAUCCCUCCUUCUUACAAGAAUUUGGCCACUCUUUGGGUUGCCCUGGCAACAGGCAUCAGAAAUGGUGAAUGACAUCUUUCAAGGAAGUGGAGUUUUGUGAGAGUUCAGGAAGAGAUGUGUGUGGGUUGUUGCACUGCUUUUAAAAAGGGCUCACAGGUGCAAGAAGGUAAGAGAAUUAUCUUCUUUGACAUCCUGGUGAGGCCUGGAGAUAGGAAGGCAGGCAGCUGGCUGGCAGUUAAUGCUUCAGGAGAAUUACUGCUCCCCAAAAUCUACUAUCUGAAACAACUGCCUCCAGUCUCUUGCUUGGCUUUCCAAAAUAGCUAACAUGAAAGAAAGGGCUGUUUGAAUUUCCUUCUAGUAGGCGAAUUCCUUCAGAGGCUUCCUUUUGAGUUGGGCUGGCUAAGGAGGUUCUCCCUCUCUUCUUUUGGGGAGGAGAGGAGGAAGGGAUCUUUUCCAGGAUCAUUCUCCACCAAUCUAUGCAUAUGGAACAUCAGACUAAGCCAAACUGAUUCAGUAAGGACUGCAGGAGAGAGUCUGCAUUGGUUUGACCAACUGUGUGGAUCAGUAAGUCUCAAGCUCUUAUGAGAAUCCUUUUGUAUAGAUUGUUUGUCGUGGCUUUUUAUUGUUUUUGAAGCACUUUGUGGUAGUUUGCUAACUCCAUUUUUCCAGUCAUUCCCCUAUAUCUAGGUGUCCUCUUUUCCUCUUCAGGCAAGUCUUGUACCUUACGUUCCUCUUUUCCUCUUCAGGCAGGUCUUGCACUUUCCCAUUAUGCAUCCCCACUUCUUCCUUGACAAGUUAUCUGUAAGUCUUGAUAUUUUUCCACUUGGCCAUACCUUUUCCAGUAGAUGCCCAUCUCUCCCAUUUUCUUCUUCAGUGUGUCUGUAUUCCAGAACGUGAGACUUCCAUUCCACCAGUAUCCCCAAUGCCUGUUUUUUUUUCUGUUUUACAAUUCACUGUGUCAUUUUGAGGUAUUUUCAUACAGUAUGACACAAUACUUGAUGCCCCCAAAGUUCUGAAACUACAGUAAAUUUUAAAGAGCCUGUUAGGUUAGUUUCUAUAUUUUAAGCCUGUAACAAUAUUUUUGUAGGACACUUGAAGAUUUUAUUCCCAAAGGCAAACCACUUCAUCAUUGUUUUAACAUUAGCUUUGUUUACAUUGUCUGUCCUUUCCCCAUAGUUCUGGAACUAGCAUGGCCUGUUUCCUUCACUGCUAACUGGAAUCAUCCAUUUAAGGAUACCAGCCCUCUUGCUAUUGCAGGAGAUCUCCUGGUAUGUGGGUUAGCUGCCUGAUGUUGCGAUGGGUGCCGAUGGGAGGAAAUGGCAAGGGGAAAGGAACAAAACCAUAGUAUUUUUGCAAAAUGCUAGCGUCUGCCACAUAAGUGCACUGUUGCACUGCCGGCACACCAGAUACCUCCUUCCAUUUCCUUCUGGGGAUUGCUGACUACAACCUGGCAAUUCUCCAUCCCACAGACAUAUUGAAGGAACCACAUACAACUAGACCUGUAGUAAAGCAGUCUUUUAAUUGCCUCUACACAUGCUCAGCUUGCAGUGUAAGCCUCUUCAUGUAGUAUUUGUGGUUUUACAUAAUAUGUCACAUGGAGUUCUCUAUGGACUUUUUCAUCUGUGUUUUGAUUGGAAGGUGGAAGGGUAGACACAGAAGCUGCUGAACUCUUUUCUCUCUGAUAAUGUUCUGCUCAAAUCCACAUCCCUGAACUGUUUGAGAAGAGGAAGAGAGGGAGGAACUAUCUCAUGAAGGAAUUAUAUGUCAACAUCAUUACACGCUGAACUCUGCAAUGGUCCAUUCAGUCUUAUCGUUCUGCAUGUCCCAAUUAGUUCCCAUUUUUUAUAGGAACUAUAAUUAUAAUCCUUGUAAUUUAAUUCACAUGAGAGGCAAUAGUGUGCUCCCAUUUAAAUACCCAUGCAUGUACAUAUGAAUUAUUUUAUUCAAGCCUUCUGAUUAAAUGGUUACAUUGAUCCCUUUUGCAGUACAUUGUGCUGGGUUGCAUGUCAUCUGGGAUGAAAAGAAAAAGUUAGAGUCCAGGUAACCCAAAACUGCUGCAAACUGAAUACAUUAUGUCAACUAAGCAUAUUUGUUCUGUUAGACACAGGGAGAACCAAGGAGCUCCAUAGGAAAUUGAAGCCCUGCCUUUUGCCCACUAGAAAUCUUCCCCAGCUCUCCACUGACAGAUAUUACUUCAAUUCCUUGUGGCUCUUCAGGCGUAAGAACUAGAAACUUAUUUUUAAAAUUCUCAGGAAACAGAACGUUGCAUCUGGUACUAAAUUUCGUUGUGCAAGAUUUCAAACAACACAUGCAAUUUUGGUUGACAACCUUAGGACUGCUUUUUUGAAACUAGAAUCAAGGGUCAUAUACUUCUGACACAAGAAUGGUCAUUUGGGAGUAUCUAUGAUAGGCAUUUCACACAGAAUAAUCUUCAGAUGAAUCUGGGGUUACUUCUGCAUUAAUUGGAGGAGACUGGUUCAAAUUAUAUGAGAGGGUGGAAAGUUCUUAAAUGGACCCCAGCCCAUUCACCUUCUUAACACCCAUGUGCAUUUAAAAAAAUGUUGGGUUACUCUAUUGCCAGUCCCCAUAACUGUCAUAACAUCUGAAUUCCAACAUUUUAAACAGGUUCCUUCUGUGUACAGAUGCCUGUGAAAUGCUAGCAGACGGAACCCAUGUCUUAUAAUACUAUUCAAUACAGAACUCAUGUGACUAAAUCUGAUGCUGUGGGGGCAUUUGAUCAGCAGGGGGGCAUUUGAUCAUUCUGUACUAGUAGAAAAAAUCGUUAAGAUAUAUGUAAUGGGAGAUACUGCACAUUGUGAGGCUAUUAAAGGGUGUGCAGUCCAUUGUGGUAUCUCUGGGGGUCUGGGCCAUUUACUUUUGUCAUGGAGGGCAGAUUUGGCUCAAACUGCAAAUUUAUCCCCUUAUGCAGUGAGUCAUUUUUUCCACUAGAAGUGAAUGGCAACCAUUCUGUGGCUCAUUCCGCACAUGCAGAAUAAUGCACUUUCAAACUGCUUUCAGUGCUCUUUGAAACUGUGCGGAACAGCAAAAUCCACUUGCAAACAGUUGUGAAAGUGGUUUGAAAACGCAUUAUUUUGCGUGUGCGGAAGGGGCCUGUAUAUGGGAGAAGAUAUGUGGCAGAAUUGUGUGCCUAAGGCUUAAACCUGGUUCUUCCCUCUGAUGACCCAGUUCUUAUGAAACCUACUCCUAUUUAAAUUGAUCUUUUAGACAGGCUUAUCCAAGUGUGUGUUCAUAUGUGUAAAAGGUCUACACAGAGAAGAGGUGCAUGGAUAUUUCAGGAAAUGUGCACCAUGGGUUGCCCUUAGUUACAUGCCCUCAGUUAUGUUUGUUGGUUAUAUUAUUUUUAUUUAUUUAUUUAUUUAUUACAUUUCUUAUACCGCCCACCCCCAAAGGGCUCUGGGUGGUUUACAACAUAUAAAAUUCACAAGAUAAAACCUAAUACAAAUAUGAACCACUUAAAAUCAAUAAAUUAACUAAUACACUAUAAAAAUUUUGACGGCAAGAUGGCAGCCCAGUUUGUAUCACGAGGGUAGACAUGAUGGUAGCAGCACCAGAUUACAUAUUAUUUGCCCACCAGUUGGAAAUAUGGGAUGGCAGUUCAAUAGCUAACCCGCCCCUCGCCCCCAGGCCUGGUGGAAUAAUUCCUUUUUACAAGCCCUACAGAACUGUUCAAGGUCCCGCAGGGCAUGGACAGAUGGUUGCAAGGAGUUCCACCAGGUAGAGGCCAGGAUAGUGAAGGCCAUGGCCCGGGUGGAGGCUAACCAUAUCAUAGAGUGGGCCGGGACCACCAGUAAAUUAUAUUAGAGUGCAACCUAAAGUUGGGAACUUUCUUAGUAGGCAGAAUGAGUUACUAGAAAAGGACACAUACACAGGCAGUGCACAAGGCCAUUAGGAAGCUUGGCCAAGAACAACUCAGACUGUCUUUACAAGUCACAGCAGGAAAUGCACUGCCUGACUCCAUUGCUGUCCUAUUAUUUGUUUAUUUAAACCUUCAAAUGAAGCCUCUCCCCAGCCUUGUGGGUUCUGUGCUGCAUUCCUAUGCAUCUAGGAGGUGGAUGUGAAUGCCGUGGUAACGCAAGUGUCUCAUAUAAAAGCAUCCAGGUAGUUGGGGCUGUGGACCAAAACAGACAUUAUGUUGGGUCUUCUGAGAACUAACUGCCCAGCACAUUGUUGAAGGCUUUCACGGCCGGAUUCAAUUGGUUGUGGUGGAUUUUCUGGGCUGUAUGGCCAUGGUCUGGUGGGUCUUGUUCCUAAUGUUUCGCCUGCAUCUGUGGCUGGCAUCUUCAGAGGUGUAUCACAGAGGGAAGUCUAUUACACACUGCGUCCAGUGUGUUACACAGCAUGGCAAGGGCAGGGAAGUGGGUAAUCUGCCUAAGAGCUAUUAAUCCUGGAAGAAGGGAGAGGGAGCUCAAGUGCAGUAAGGAUGCCUGCUGUACACCCUUACCCCCACCCCCCGGCCAGGAUGAAUAGCCCUCCAAGAGGAAUCUUUGGGGAUAGCAUUACCCCCCCCCCAAAAAAAAAUUGUUACAGUUAAACUGGCCUGCUUAUUAGGGAUGGCAUGGAACAUGACUGUUAAUAAUUAUAACAAAGUCAUAAACACAAGUAAAAGCUGUU